AUGUCUGGUGGGGAUCAGAGAACAGAGGGAAAUUCUAUUCUGGGCACAGACGAAAAGAGUCGUCGUCACAAAGAUGUUCAUACGAUAGAGGCAAGAAAAGGCUUAUCUUCCUCUCCUUCUUCUCCGUCAGCCUCAGCUUCCUCAUUUUUUACCUCUCCAAGGUCGUUCGUUGUGCCCAGUUCAAACCAUACCGAGGCAAUGAGAAAUACAUAUUCAGGCUUCCUGGCCUCGAGUCUCACUUCGGAUGAGACGGAGAAAGAAAAGGGUAACUGGAACUCGGCAGACAGUGGAUCCUACUGGUUGAUGAACCUGGAUGCCUGGCUGACUGUUUGUUUGGUGUGCGCCAGUUCAGUCCUUCUCAUCUCCGUCACUUGUCUUGUCUACCUAUGCCGGCCAAGGCGAGUCACCACGAUCGGUAUCCCAUCUACCACGCCUCCUGCACCAACUCUACCAGUACCCGAUUUGCCUGCUCAGCCUCCAAGUAGCCCCAUGGAGACAAGAGUCUGGACAGUGGAGUUGGGCGACGGAUCGGAAGGGGGUGGUAGAAGAGGUGGGGAGAACGAGAACUCUGAAGGUGUGCAGUUUGGCACGACGGCCAUUUGGCUAAAGAGGGAUGAGGAGGAUUUGAGGCAACCAAACGAAAUCUCAAAGUCGCCCACAAUGGAACAGGAAAGCCAGACGAUUUCCAAUUUCCCUACCGACGUAAGACAAUGCGUCAGACUUCUUUUCGUACACUCGCCCGUCCCAAAGUCCCAACUCAACCAAACUGUGCCAGGAGCCUGCCCUUUCGAUAGCCCUGCCCCCCUCAAAUAUGGCACCCCCGUGACACAUGACACUUUAGACGGUAGAGGCUUCGGCGUUCGAGCUGUCCGACCGGCUUGCCAGGCCCCUGUAGCUGUACAAUUGCCCUCGUCCAUCAACAAAGACUACAGCAACAGCAGCAAUAGCAGCAUCAACAAUAAUAGGGCCACAUCUGCCAAUACUGCCUCCUGCUCCUCGUUCACCUCAACCGGAGGAACUGUCAGCUCGUGUUUGUCCGCUCCCUCCACGAGUCCCCCCGCAGUUCCGGCGCAUCCGGAGACUUCGGACCCAGAACCGGGCGAAUUAGCGAACCUACCUGCAAGUCGGGGCGUCUAUCUGGGCGCAUACAGUCCGCCAUUUCUACAGUUGGCCUGCUUCGACUCCCUUGAGGUGCACAAAUCGCCGCUGCUGCCAUCGGAGGGGCUUGAGUCUUCUGCAACCUCGAGUCUGGUGCCAAUUAUCUCAAGCAUCACUCCAUUGCCAGCAGAGAAUGGCGAGUCGCUUGUCAGGCUGAUUUCCCCGCAAGAAGCACACACUCCAACGACUAUAACAGCUGAUCAUGCCCAGCCUCCCUGUAUACAAUGUCAUUUGAUAUCAAGCCUGGAAUGA